AUGUUCCGAGGUUCGGCAUAUGCCUUGACAUGGAUACUGUUGGCGGUCCUUGAUCUUGUCAGAUGUGAUCAUCAGAUAACGCUGUCAAAGCGAGCGACAAUCGAUCUAGCGAUCACAGCCAACUUCCCGGAUCCGAGUAUCAUCAAAGUCAACGGCACAUGGUAUGCAUUCGCUACCCACACUCGAGGAACGGAUAUCAAGAUUCAAGUGGCUCGUUCUGUGAAUUUCGAGGAUUGGUCGAUAGUGAGGAAUGCAGAUGGUUCGCAGUUCGAUGUACUACCCGUACUUCCUGCUUGGGUUCGCAUGGCAAAUUAUCUGACUUGGGCCCCAGACGUCCAACAACUGGUGAGUGUUUUCAUGUCUACUGAGAAGUUCCAACAUACUGACUGUCUCCAGGACGAUGGUUCCUUCAUCAUGUAUUACUCGGCUACUACUGCCGCCAGACCAGAUGGAUCGAAACAUUGCGUUGGCGCUGCCACUUCGCCAACAAUCUUGGGUCCAUAUACAGGUCUGGCUAAUGCACUAUUCUGUCCGCUUUCUAGAGGAGGCGCUAUCGACGCCUCUGGUUUCAAGGACCGGGAUGGCAAAAGAUACGUCGUGUACAAAGUAGACGGAAAUUCGAUUGGUCAUGGUGGAGCCUGUGGUAACACUGUCGCACCCAUCGUAGGCACACCUUUGAUGCUUCAACCGGUGGCUGCUGAUGGCCACACGUUCACCGGGAACGCUGUCGCUCUCCUGGAUAAUGAUGGUGCGGCGGAUCAGGGAAUUCUGGAGGCUCCGGUCUUGACCCGUUCUCGCGCCGGCGUCUACUUUCUCUUUNUCAGCAGCGGUUGCUUUGCUACUUCAGGAUACACAGUCUCUUACGCAACGGCGACAAACCUCACAGGACCUUAUACGCGUGCAAGCAGUCCGCUUUUCAGGACGGGAGACGGAAAUGGACUCAAGGCUCCUGGUGGCAUGUCGGUCUGGGGUGACAAUAGACAUAUGGUCCUCCAUGCGAACUACGGAGGCGGUCGUGCUAUGUACACCACACUGAUAGCGCUAAAAGGAACGGAAGUCAUCACUAUGUGA